CAGGCAGUGACCAGGCAGACAGCCGACAAACCCAAAUCACGGCCGGGUCAUGUCAGUGUCUUGAGUAUUUAUUUGUCAUGUCAGGCAUGUACACGGGACAAAAAACUGACUUGACAACACACUGUCCUUACACCAUACACACACACAGAAACCACGAAUCGCACACAAACAUCAACAACGCAUUCCCUCCUUUACUCGACACCGGAGGCACACAGUCAGCCAGUUAACGAGGGAGGAGCCCCGGCCACACACAUGAAUGUGUGGCACACACAGCCGCCCCAAUGUGUGUGUGUGUGGACUCUCUCCUACUCUAUGCUGAUCAAACGCAGCUGACGGUAGGGGGCAUAAUAUCCGUUUGGCACUGUGAUUCGCCUGAUCUCGCCCUCCUUCAUCGACAGCAACGCCUCAAUCAGCCACCCACGCAGAUCAGACACACGCUUCACCAGCCCACGAUCAUCGUAUGCUUUGACCCGGCCGUCGAAUGCAUCCCGCCACCCAAUCUCGUCGAACCUGACGCGGUCGUCGCGUGUGGGCGCUCUGCCGGUGCCCUCCUGCACCACCUCAUAUCGAUAGCCAGAUGGCAGUGUGCCAGUCCGAGGCGCCACACUGAGAUGAACGGAACCAAGAUGGCCAAUUGCUGCAGUCUGCUCCCUGUUGGGCUUCACCUGGCCUGUGGUGUCGGUGUGUCCGUCUUGACGAUGCCGUACAUGGCCGUGUUGAUGUCAAAUGGCGCCUGGUCCGUCUCGCCAGCCAUCGUCAGGACGGCGGCCAUGUCGGCCAGCGAGGCGCCGAGUCGCUUUCUGCGGUAGUAGUCGACCAUGCGGCCGAUGUGGUCGGGAUCGACCACCUCCACCGCACGGCUGCUGGACCACCUGACGGCACACAAGCAGUGACCAGCACAUCGGUGUGUCGUUGUGUGUUGCUGUGAUGUGCUCACAGGUCAAAUCGGUGGCUGAGUGCGAUGUCGCCCAUCUCGUCCACAGUGGACUGAGUGGUCGAGAUGAGCUGACCGCACACCUCGACCGACCGAAUGGCAUCGCCGCCACUCAGAGGCAGCAGAAAGGACUCGACGGCCUAAGACACACACAGCCACAACCAUCAGACCAACGGCCUCUCUCUCUCUCUCUCUCUCUCUCCCCCACCCUCUCUGCUCAUGUCGUCACCUGAAUCUCGUUGUCGAGGUUGUCGCGUCGUGUGUUGGCGGCCCGCAGCUGCCCCUCCAGCCGGGCCCUCUCAGCGGCAUAUGCCCUUACAAUGCCCUCGAGCUUCCUGACUGUGUCGCCGCUGCCGGGAGGCAUGUCAGUGGCCGUCAGCCGGGGCACAGAAGUGCCACUGUGAAUGGCCUCUGUGGCAUCCUUGUCGAGAGGCAUCAUCAACAACUUGACCCAGAAGCCAUGGCGACCUGCAACACACACACCACACACAGACAGCCAAAGGAAUAAUGACGACACAAGGAGAGUGUGUCAUCGCCUUCAUUGCCCUCACCCUUGUCGCGCUUGGCCACUUCAUUGAGCAGGUGGCCGACCGACGCCGCUUUGCCGGCGCUGCGAAGGGUCUCGGCGUUGAGGAUGGCCUUGUGGACGGCCUUGAAGGCCUUUGGGCAGAUGUCGACGAACACCCGCUGGCUGUCGUCCUUGACGAGUCGGACCUCCCAGCAGCCGCCGAAGAGGGCCGCCAGCAGAGUGCCCUCCACCCCCUCUCCCCGAGUCAUGUGCUGCCGCCUGACGCUCAUCAGAUGGCCGCCCACAUUCAGCAGCAAAGUGUCGUCAGGCGAGGCCGCCGAGGGGUCCGAUGUGUGGUGCUGCUGCCUCUCUCGCUGGGCGUCCUCGUCAGCCUGGCGGAUGUGUGCGUGCAGCUGGCUGAUGGCGUCACCGAUGGCUGUCACGGGCACGUGCAGCUCAUUGAGAAUCGCAUGGGCGCUGAAUUGGUGAGCGACCAACUCGGCCUUCAUCGUCACACCGCAACAGAUCUCUCACCGGCAGUGGCUGAACCACACACAGACAGACCGAUACGAACGGAUCUGUGUGUUUCUCUAUUGCUUUUGCUUCGUCUUUCCCACCUGAUGCUCGCGCCUGUCCCCUUUCAGCCCUUUGAGUAGCGGCAGCGGUUCCUGGCGGGGUUUCAGAGCC